AUGUUCUUUACGCCCACCUAUCAUUCCAAGCCCUAUCCUGAUCUUGACCCGUUGCGUCAAGUGGGGGACAUAAAGGGGAAAACUGUUGUUAUCACUGGAGGAGGUUCUGGUAUCGGAAAGGCAAUCGCCCUUGCUUUUUCUAAGGCGAAUGCUGCCAACAUCGUGGUCGUCGGACGCACGAAAGAAACAUUGGAUGCUACGAAGCAAGAAAUUGAGGGUGCCAGCACCACAAGGGUCAAAGCAAUUGUUGCAGAUGUGACAAAUGCCACCGAGAUUCAACGUGCUUUCAGCAGUCUCGUAACCGAGAUCGGACCCUUGCAUGUACUGGUGAACAACGCUGGAUACCUGGCUGAGCCUGCACCUGCAGCCUCUGCUCCCAUUCAAGAUUGGUGGAAAGCAUUUGAGAUCAACUGCAAAGGCGCUCUUCUUGUCACUCAAUCAUUUCUCUCGGUUUCUUCGGACGAAGCCGUCCUGAUCAAUGUGACCACUGCCGGCGUAUACCUUCCUCCGACCCAUGAACUGUCGGCAUAUUCCGCGUCCAAAUUGGCGUUCUUGCGAGUCCUCGAGUUUGUUCAAUUAGAGUAUCCAGGCCUGAGGGUCGUUAAUGUCCAUCCGGGCUUUAUACAAACCGAUAUGAAUCUGAAAUCCGGCAUCAAGGGAGUCCCUUUUGAUGACAUCGAACUGACCUCUCAUUUCGUGGUUUGGUGUUCCGGUUCCGCAGCAGCAUUCUUGAACGGUCGUUUCGUUUGGGCAAACUGGGAUAUCAACGAGCUGAAGAACAUGGAAAGGUCUAUCGUCGAUGAGAAGAAGCUCACCUUUGGUCUACUGUCAUGA